CUCAGCAUUAACUUGGAGCGGAGUGCAGGGGGGCGGUGAGGCGCCCCGCCAUCUGGCAGGCGCCGCGCCAGGGGGAUGCUCGGGCGCCUGGACCAGCAGCGGCGAAGCCCACCCGGGCCGGGGGCUGAGUGGGGCGCGCGUGCGGGUCCUCCCCUGGCUUCCCAGGGGCCCCCUAAAGUUUUCACUUGUUAGCAGCGAUCUCCCGCUCGGCUCAGGGGGCGAUGCGGGCGUCGCGCUUGACCCCCUCCCCUGGCCCGCGUCUCCCGGACGGCUGCGGGCAGGCCCCCUACCGGCCCCAGGGCUCCCCAGCCCCGAUCUGACGGCGGCCACCGCAGCGGCGGUGCGGGGCAGGAGUCCCCGGCUCUUAGCCCUGCGGCCCGGGAGGCCACCCAGCGCCCGCCAGAGGGUGGCGGUCUCCGACCUCUCGGGGCUCGCUCCGGGAAGCUGCUCCGAGCCGGGGUGUUGCUGCUAAUGAACCCAGUCUCUCUCUUCUCCCUUUACAAUGGAAGCCCAAGCCCAGGUACCUGGAUGGAGCUGGAGCUGAAGUCUCAGGAAUUUCCCAAUAAGUGGCCAAUGGCUACUAGCCAAGGCUGGAGGGCUGCUAUGCAGUCGUGUUGAGCGCAUCACAUAUUAAGGGCCCUUUAAAGACCUGGAUUGAUUGGAAGGACAAAAAUUAAAAGCAAUCCGAUCCAGCCCCAUGCCAGAUCCCUUCGGAUUGCCUCCUUAUCCCAUUUCCAUCCACUGUCACAAUUUGAGAGUCUGCCUGAUUUGAUCAGCUUCACCUCCAGGGGAGGUGUAAUGCCAAGGUUAGGAGGACGCCAAGUUCCAGGCAACUUUUUGAUCUGCCCAUCAGCAGCCUGAGAAACGCUGGCUCUGGAUUUUCCGUAUCGGCCAUUUGGAAAACACAAGCUCCCACGGUUGGCAAACCCGCAGUGCUCAAGUCUAUGAUACAUCCCCGCCGCCGUUGCCUGGUAGAUGUGGCAUUUCCAUGCUGAAGCCCCAAGUCCCCCCUGACCCCUCCAUCACCUCUCCAGUGCCCCUCUGGGCCCCACCCAGUCUGACUGCGCAGCCAUGCUGCACCUGCUGGCCCUCUUCCUGCACUGCCUUCCGAUGGCCUCUGGGGACUAUGACAUCUGCAAAUCCUGGGUGACCACCGAUGAGGGCCCCUCCUGGGAGUUCUAUGCCUGCCAGCCCAAAGUGAUGCGCCUGAAGGAUUAUGUCAAGGUGAAAGUGGAGCCCUCGGGCAUCACUUGCGGAGACCCCCCUGAAAGGUUCUGCUCCCACGAAAAUCCCUACCUGUGCAGUAACGAGUGCGAUGCCUCCAACCCCGACCUGGCCCACCCACCCCGGCUUAUGUUUGACAGGGAAGAUGAGGGACUGGCCACCUACUGGCAAAGUGUCACGUGGAGUCGCUACCCCAGUCCCCUGGAGGCCAACAUCACCCUCUCCUGGAACAAGAGCGUGGAGCUGACAGAUGACGUGGUGAUGACUUUCGAGUAUGGCCGGCCCACAGUCAUGGUCCUCGAGAAGUCCCUGGACAAUGGCCGCACCUGGCAGCCUUACCAGUUCUAUGCAGAGGACUGCAUGGAGGCCUUUGGCAUGUCCGCCCGCCGGGCCCGAGACAUGUCACCCUCUAGCGCCCACCGGGUGCUCUGCACGGAGGAGUAUUCACGCUGGGCAGGCUCCAAAAAGGAGAAGCAUGUGCGCUUCGAAGUGAGGGACCGCUUCGCCAUCUUUGCCGGCCCUGACCUGCGCAACAUGGACAACCUGUACACGAGGCUGGAGAGUGCCAAGGGCCUCAAGGAGUUCUUCACCUUCACCGACCUGCGCAUGCGACUGCUUCGCCCCGCGCUGGGCGGCACCUACGUGCAACGGGAGAACCUCUACAAGUACUUCUACGCCAUCUCCAACAUAGAAGUCAUCGGCAGGUGCAAAUGCAACCUGCACGCCAACCUGUGCACAGUGCGCGAGGGCAGUCUGCAGUGCGAGUGUGAACACAACACCACGGGCCCCGACUGUGGCAAGUGCAAGAAGAACUUCCGUACACGGGCCUGGCGAGCUGGCUCCUACCUGCCACUGCCCCAUGGCUCUCCCAAUGCCUGUGCUGCUGCAGGCUCCGCCUUUGGCAACUGUGAGUGCUACGGCCAUUCCAACCGCUGCAGCUACAUCGACUUCCUGAACGUGGUGACCUGCGUCAGCUGCAAACACAACACUCGAGGCCAGCACUGUCAGCAUUGCCGCCUAGGCUACUACCGCAACGGCUCUGCGGAGCUGGACGAUGAGAAUGUCUGCAUUGAAUGUAACUGCAACCAGAUCGGCUCUGUGCAUGACCGGUGCAACGAGACAGGCUUCUGCGAGUGCCGGGAGGGCGCGGUGGGGCCCAAGUGCGAUGAUUGCCUUCCCACGCACUACUGGCGCCAGGGAUGCUACCCCAACGUGUGCGACGACGACCAGCUGCUCUGCCAAAACGGCGGCACCUGCGUGCAGAACCAGCGCUGCACCUGCCCGCGAGGCUACACCGGCGUACGCUGCGAGCAGCCUCACUGCGACCUCGCUGACGACGGUGGCCCGGACUGUGAUCGCGUGCCAGGCACCGCCCCGCGCCCAGACACCCUGCUCGGAUGCCUGCUGCUGCUCGGGCUCGCCGCCCGCCUGGGCUGCUGAGUCCGCUCUAGGGGUCCGGGAGUCCCGGGCCCGAAGGCGACACGGGUGCGGCCGAGCUGCUCCCAGGUGCUACUCGCAGAGUCCUCCAGCCCUCCCUGCUCCGCCCACGCUCACCCGCCCCUUCCGACACUGUCCUCACCGCCCACAGGGGGCGCUGUGGAGCCCUGGCCCGGCGGGCUGCGAUUUUCAGAUUUUUUUUUUUAAUGACCCAACGUCCCUAUAUUUUUCCUUUUUCCUUUGUUUCUUUGCUUUCUUCUUCUCCUCAUUCUUCCUCCCCCCCCCUCCCUUUUGCUGGCGGUGAGACAGGGACUGGGGAGAAACGCUGCUCAUCCCAACACCCGCAGGUCCUGCCACACACACACACACACACACACACACAAACACACAUACACACAAACACCUCUUCCGCACACCCCAGCGCCUGUUUCUGGCUGGCUCCACCAGCCAGCAGACCCGGAACUCCAGUUGCCUACAACUCUAGUCGCUGACUUGAUUCUCUUUUGUAUCUUUUUUCUUUCUUUCUUUUUCUUCUCUCUCUCUUUUUUUUUUGCACACACCAGACCCCAGGCCCCCAAGGAGGCCUGGAGACAGAGGAACUCACUGUCUGAGGGAUGGGUGGGACAAAGGGUGGAGCAGAAACCUUGUUUUCUAGAGAACUAUUUUGUUUGUAUUCAUGGUCCUUGUGAGGAGGGACUUGGGUAGGAGCUGGUCACCGAGGGUGGCUGAUGGCUGCAAGCCCACAGUAAAAGGAG